GGUCGCGCAGUGCUAGCAGUGCAAUUCCGUGUUUUAUUUUAUUUACCAAACGCUUUGGAUUGGUGUAUUUGGCGCAAAUCGAUACUAAAAGCGCAUUCGUUGCAAUACGAAACAGAAUGCCACCGAAGCGAAAAUCCACAACCGACGACGAAGACGAUGAAUAUCGCCGCAAGCGUGACCGAAAUAAUCAGGCCGUUAAACGCAGCCGUGUAAAAUCUAAAAUGAAGACGGAAGAAACCCAACAGCGUGUGAACGACUUACGUUUAAAGAACCAAGUGCUGGAGGAUAAAAUUGACAACCAGAAGAAGGAACUGAAAUUCUUGAAGGAGUUGUUUCUCACGCAAGCACAGGCAAAGGCAGACAAGCUGGUCGGGAUCAAUUUGAACGAGCUGCUCCAGGAUGACGAUAGUGACGAUGAUGACGAUGAUGGCGAGACUAGCAAAAAGCGCAUCAAGCAACAACCGAAAGGGGAAGGAAGCAAAAGCAGAUCUCGGAAGUAGAAUGUAAAAUAUGCAGCAAAAAUCUUCGGCAGUUUUAUGCACCUUUCUUGUACCAUCAGCGCGAUUAGUGACUGUUUCGUAAACGGGUAUCGUGAACGUAUUGAUUAACCUACUUUAUUGUGUCAAAGCACAAUGCUCAGACAGUGAUGGUAUGUACAUUUUCGCAUGAAAUGUACUCGUGUUUAGCAAACGUGUAACGUUAGGCGCUACACCUCUGUGCGUAGAUCGCACCCUGAAGAAACACGCCUAAAGAUAGGCUCCAAAGAAGCGAACGGGUGAAAGAGGACGUGGUUGUAAAUAAGCGCCCGGGCGGAUGAAAGGCCGUGUGGCCUAAUGGAGAAGGCGUCGGACUUCGGAUCCGAAGAUUGCAGGUUCGAGUCCUGUCACGGUCGCGCACGCACACACGUUGUGGAGAGUUGUUUUUACAACCCCCGAAGUUGUAUAAUUAUUUUUUACCAUAUGACGGAGAACGUUCAUGUUAAUGCGUUACUUUAUUACAGAUGCAAUUUUAUUGUCUUUAUACGUGUAAAAUAAAACCUUAUCUUCACACUGAUAAACAAAUA